CUCCGUGAUGACCCUGCGUAUUGUAGAUCCCGAUAGCUGUUCUGUAAAUGAGUAUUUUUGUUGUUAUUUGACAUCAAUUAUCUCAACAUAAUCAUAACCUACGCUACAGUUGUAGUUUAACUUAACCAUAAACAUACACGAUGGCUGGAAUAUUAGACAUUGCACAACUCAAACGAUUGUCAGAACACAAGUACUCUUCCCAUGGAACGUCGAUCACCGAGCCAGUGAUGCAACCUUUCUGGCGAUGGUUAGUCGAGAAAAUCCCUGAAACAAUUGCACCGAACACGAUUACCAGUAUGGGACUUCUGAUAAAUAUAUUGACAUCUACGAUUGUGUAUAUGUACUGUCCAACAGCGACAGAAGAGGCUCCAAGCUGGGUGUAUAUCCAAGUAGCUUUGGGUUUAUUUGCAUAUCAAACGUUAGAUGCAAUCGAUGGUAAACAAGCGAGAAGAACACAUACCAGUUCACCGUUGGGGGAGCUGUUUGAUCAUGGCUGUGAUUCCGUAUCAACUGUUUAUGUUGGUAUAGCAACGGGAUGUGCACUGCAACUUGGUUUUCAUCCAGGCUGGCUGAUGUACAUGAUUUCCGUUGGAGUUUUCUUAUUUUACACAGCGCACUGGCAAGCCUAUGUAUCAGGAGAAUUAAAAUUUGGAAAAUUAGAUGUGACAGAAGCUCAGUUCCUUAUCAUAUUCAUCUAUCUAUUAUCAGGCAUAUUUGGGCCAUUAUUUUGGGCUACCAGGAUUCCUGUUCUGGGGCUUGAGUUGAAGCAUGUGGCAGUAUUGGGUUCAUCCAUGGCUGCCGUUAUGUCAGGAUUCAUGCAUUUUAGUGCCAUACUUAGUGGAGGAAUUGGUAAAAAUGGUUCAACUGUGGCGGGUACAAGUACAAUAGCACCUGUUAUACAUAUAGGCGUUGUCUUAUUAUUACAAAUAAUGAUUAUGGCCAAAUCACCAAGUCAUCUUUAUGAAAAUAAUACUUGUUUAUAUCUUCUAUUCUUCGGUAUUGUGGCUUCAAAAGUCACCAACAAGCUUGUGGUUGCUCAUAUGACGAAGAGUGAAAUGUAUUUCCUGGACACUGCUUUGAUUGCUCCAGGAUUGUUAUUUUUUAAUCAGUAUUUUGAUACACCAGUCAGUGAAUAUUAUCUACUUUGGGUAGCGUUGAUAUUAGCAUCGUUUGAUAUACUCCGAUACUCCACCAUAGUGUGUACUCAGAUCUGUGAUCACCUUGGCAUCUACUGCUUUGAUAUAACAAAAACAAAGACUCCAAAAGAUACUGAUGAGGUCAAAAAAGUCGUGACAAGAUCCCAGACUGCUAAUGCUAAGCACAGGUCAAGUACUGGUACCUCAUAGUGGAUACUCUGCAAAGGGGAAAACAAUUUUUUUUCAAAAAACAAAACAAUAUUUUAAGACUAUUUGAAAAGAGAGAAACAAGUUGUAAGAGCAAACAUGAUGUGUAAUAAUAAUGAUUCAGAUUCAGGGCACUUGAUAUGUGUUUGUAGUGGUGGCCAAACUGUGCCCCAGAAUCAGAAUAAUAAAACUCCAGAUUAAGCAUGGUGAUGCAUGUUUAUUGGAGUCUUUAGUCUGUAGAUUCUCUGCACCUCUAAGUAUUUUAGUAUUUCUUAAUGUUUUAAAUCAUUUAUGGACAUCUUGGGUUAUUCUUGAUUUCAAGAUGAUUCGUUGUAAUGUUUGUUUGUAGUUGGGGAAAACACAAAUUUUUAGAGUGCUUGCAUUUCUAGUUAAUGGUUUGAUUCUAGAAAUGUCUGAAGUUCAAUUUUAUGAAUCAUUGCACGUUCUAGUUAUAUUGGUCAUUAAGUGGAAAUGAACAAAGCUACAGUGGUAGGCUGUUAAAAGCCAUUUUACCACCAUUGUCAAGUUUUUUAUCUUUCCACAAAGAAAUCCUGUUUGAAAUCUCAUUUUCCUGAAAGAUCCUAAUCAUAGUACAGAAUUAUAUAAGCAAUAUCAUUAUAUGCCGAUUCGGUUGAAAUUAACGUUGUCUCAUUAAUUUUUUGAAAAAGUUGAAUAUGCAGCAGUGUCUGUAUCUCGCACAUUCACUUGUGACACUUUAAUUACCAUGACAAUUUCAUAAUCUUGUAAAUUCCAACGAAUAUAACAUUUAAUUACACACAUUUUUAUGCAUUGGCUCAAUGUGAUUGAAUUCUAUGAUCGUGAUCGGAUGAAGGUUAUAAUAUAAGCAUCUUUCAUCUUCAGCAUUGUUAUGUGUGUCGUGAAAUACAUUGUUUGCAUGCAAUUUGAACUUGCCCACAACAUAACAAUGGCAUUGUAACUGACAAUGGUGUAAUCACAUGAUGUGACACUAUUGCCCUACAACACAACAAUGGCAUUAUAACUGACAAUGGUGUGAUCACAUUACGUGACACUAUUGCCCUACAACACAACAAUGGCAUUAUAACUGACAAUGGUGUAAUCACAUGAUGUGACACUAUUGCCCUACAACACAACAAUGGCAUUAUAACUGACAAUGGUGUGAUCACAUUACGUGACACUAUUGCCUUACAACACAACAAUGGCAUUAUAACUGACAAUGGUGUGAUCACAUUACGUGACACUAUUGCCCUACAACACAACAAUGGCAUUAUAACUGACAAUGGUGUAAUCACAUGAUGUGACACUAUUGCCCUACAACACAACAAUGGCAUUAUAACUGACAAUGGUGUGAUCACAUUACGUGACACUAUUGCCUUACAACACAACAAUGGCAUUAUAACUGACAAUGGUGUGAUCACAUGGUGUGACACUAUUUGCCUACAACACAACAAUGGCAUUAUAACUGACAAUGGUGUGAUCACAUGGCGUGACACUAUUGUCCUACAACACAACAAUGGCAUUAUAACUGACUAUGGUGUGAUCACAUGGCGUGACACUAUUGCCCUACAACACAACAAUGGCAUUAUAACUGACAAUGGUGUGAUCACAUGGUGUGACACUAUUGCCCUACAACACAACAAUGGCAUUAUAACUGACAAUGGUGUGAUCACAUGGCGUGACACUAUUGCCCUACAACACAACAAUGGCAUUAUAACUGACAAUGGUGUAAUCACAUGAUGUGACACUAUUGCUCUACAACACAACAAUGACAUUGUAACUGACAAUGGUGUAAUCACAUGAUGUGACACUAUUGCCCUACAACACAACAAUGACAUUGUAACUGACAAUGGUGUAAUCAUAUGACAUGACAUGACACUUUUGCCCUACAACACAACAAUGGCAUUGUAACUGACAAUGGUGUAAUCAUAUUACGUGACACUAUUGCCCUACAACACAACAAUGGCAUUAUAACUGACAAUGGUGUGAUCACAUGACGUGACACUAUUGCCCUACAACAUAACAAUGGCAUUGUAACUGACAAUGGUGUAAUCACAUGACGUGACACUAUUGCCCUACAACAUAACAAUGGCAUUAUAACUGACAAUGGUGUAAUCACAUGAUGUGACACUAUUGCCCUACAACAUAACAAUGGCAUUGUAACUGACAAUGGUGUGAUCACAUGACAUGACACUAUUGCCCUGAUGAGUCUAAAACACAAUUUAAUUUACAUAUUAUAUCAAGUGCAAUAAAACUACAACAGAAAUGAA